UUGUACAGUUAACUACGACACCGAUUCGAGCCUGUUCUUUCGUUUUUCUAUCUAUCGACUUUUUUUCUGGGCAGAGAAAAAUGUGGUCGAAAAAGUUUGUGUGCUAUUUAACUAUAGCUUUACUUUUAAUGGGCAUAUUCCUGGAGGAAGUCGAGGCAAGGCGCAAAAUUUUGAGGGGCCGCAAAACGAUAACCAGACGUUAUUACAGAGGUACAGCGAUUCCGGCCUGGGCCAUAACACUUUUAACGGGUAUCGGCAUGCUAUUGCUCGGCGGCGGACUUUACGCGUUACUACAGAAAUUCGUGGUAGACGCCGCGGACACUGGGGAGAGUCAUUCCUAUCAACCUGCGUUGCAGCUGGAAAGUUGAAUUAGUUAACCCCCACAGAAUCCCCAAUAUGAUCAUUUAUCACUGUAUUGAAUAAUCGACAUCAUAAAUUAUAUUAUUAAUGCAUGUAGAAUUUUAGAAGAAAACUUUUUGUAGAAACACA